CGUCAGUGCCCAGUGAGCGGAAGGGGCUGUUGGAGGCUUUAAGGUAGCUUUAAAUUCCAGCUGUCUUGGGCGCCUACCUCUUUUGGCUGGAGUCGGACUUCGGUUCCCGGAUGGCUGUGGACGUGAAGUCUCGAGCAAAGCGUUAUGAGAAACUGGACUUCCUCGGGGAGGGCCAGUUUGCCACAGUUUACAAGGCCAGAGAUAAGAACACCAACCAGAUUGUCGCCAUUAAGAAAAUCAAACUGGGUCAUAGAUCAGAAGCCAAAGAUGGUAUAAACAGAACAGCCUUAAGAGAGAUCAAAUUAUUACAGGAGCUAAGUCAUCCAAAUAUAAUUGGUCUCCUUGAUGCUUUUGGACAUAAAUCUAAUAUUAGCCUUGUCUUUGAUUUUAUGGAAACUGAUCUAGAGGUUAUAAUAAAGGAUAAUAGUCUUGUGCUGACACCAUCACAUAUAAAAGCCUACAUGUUAAUGACUCUUCAAGGGUUGGAAUAUUUGCAUCAGCAUUGGAUUCUACAUAGGGAUCUGAAACCAAACAACUUGUUGCUAGAUGAAAAUGGAGUUCUAAAACUGGCAGAUUUUGGCCUGGCCAAAUCAUUUGGGAGCCCCAACAGAGCUUACACACAUCAGGUUGUAACCAGGUGGUAUCGGGCCCCUGAGUUACUGUUUGGAGCUAGGAUGUAUGGUGUGGGUGUGGACAUGUGGGCUGUAGGCUGUAUAUUAGCUGAGUUGCUUCUAAGGGUUCCUUUUUUGCCGGGAGACUCAGACCUCGAUCAGCUAACAAGAAUAUUUGAAACUUUGGGCACACCAACUGAGGAACAAUGGCCUGAUAUGUGUAGUCUUCCAGAUUAUGUGACAUUUAAGAGUUUCCCUGGAAUCCCGUUACAACACAUCUUCAUUGCAGCAGGAGACGAUUUGCUCGAGCUCAUACAAGGCUUAUUCUUAUUUAAUCCAUGUACUCGAAUUACAGCCACACAGGCAUUGAAAACUAAGUAUUUCAGUAAUCGCCCAGGGCCUACACCUGGUUGUCAGCUGCCAAGGCCAAACUGUCCAGUGGAAACCUUGAAGGAGCAGUCUAACCCAGCCAUGGCAACAAAACGGAAAAGAACAGAGGCCCUGGAACAAGGAGUAUUGCCCAAGAAGCUAAUUUUUUAAUUGUAAAGAACACUGGAAUUUUACCACUGAAGGAAAGAGUCAAGAAAGAAAAUAAUGACAAAAUAGUAAAAAUUAAGUAAAUGCUGGAGAAGUGAAUUUGUAAAUAUGCUACAUGUGUAAAAUAUAUAAAACUGAGUUAUUUUUAUUAAAUGUAUUUUAAAAUAUUUCUGGUUUUUCUGAAUGAGUACAAAAGUAAGA